AGAAACAACUUGAUAAUAAAAUUAGACUAAGCCAAUUUGUUAGUAAUAAAUCUGAUACACAAAAAUAUGAAAACCCAAAAGAAUGUAAAGACUCACAUGACUCUGAACCUAAAAGCCUAUUAAGAUCUGAAUCUAAAAGUCUAUUAGA